AUGUACAUCCUUUUUUCUUAUUUGUCUUCACAUACCGCUAUUUCGUAUAAAUACGCGUGCAGCGCACAUCUCAUGUCUCUACUGUUUUUGAUUAUCGGUAUUGCAGUAUUAGCUGUUAUUUUUAUCGUUGGCAUGCCGUUGUUGCUGCAUUUCAUGGGCAAUAAAAAUGAUACGCCAUCGAAUGGAGACCAAGGGGGGAAUCAAGGGGGCGAUCAAGGGAAGAACGGAGAUAGUGGAAAUGGUGGAGGAGGAGGUAUUAAGAGCUUGUUUAGCGGGGAUUCAAAGUCGCCUCAAGAGCCGGAGAAGGGAGAAAAGGGCGAUAAAAAAGAUGAAGAAUGUAAGGAUGAUAAGAAGGGCGAUAAAGAUAAGCCGGAAGGUGAACCGGACGCACCAUCCGAAGGUUCUGCACCUCCUAAAUAGAGACUGGUGUUUUAUGGAAGUUGCGUGUUCUGUGAGCAGCAUCUAAGGUUUAAGUAAAGAUCUGUGGUCUAACC